GUUUGUUUUGUCAACAGUCAGUAUAAACAGUCAACAUUUUUUAUUUAACGGCAUGAUUCCCGAAUCGACGCCCACUUCCGGUUAGAUAACAACUGAAGAGUUUCAAAAUUUGAGUUGGAGUAGUAGUGGUACCUUGAAGAUUUAUUGCAGAUCUCACUGACCGGUGUAUUGCAUGCAUGCCAUUCUCAUCUGAAUCGGACCAGUAGCUUCUUCAACAACGGACGGAUUGCUUCCUUUUACUUUUACCUUUGUCGUUAAAGAGGAAAGAACCACCGCCAGUAGGACCUUUCUCUCUGAAGAAUCGUCAUCAACAUCAGCAUCAUCGUCACCAAAAGACACCCAAAAGAGAAGGAGUACACUCUCUGCACUGUGAGAAGAGUGUGAGAGCAUUCAGCAUAAAAACUCCUUAAAAAGGCGAGCUCUCCAAAAUACUCGGCUUGAAACUCUCAACCCGUUCCCUAAGUUCAGUCGCACUCCAUUUUAUACACUGGACUGGAUUGGAUUAAAAAACUUUAAACGCUUGUUGAAUGUAAAUUCUCUACUGUCGAAUUCAAAGUUUGUGUGUAGUAGUUUAGUUUGUAUGUAGCAGAAAUCUACAAUCUCGAUUCGAAGCUCUCCGCAAAGUUCAAUUCAAGAUUUCAACAACUUAAUACAUCAACAUCAUCAUCAACAAGCGGCGUAGCCUAAUAGAUGUAAUAUUUGUUAUUUUACGAUCUUGGAAAAAUAACUUUCACCGACGGUGAAAGUUCGAAUAUUGGUCGCGUCUCCUGCUUAAAUCCUGCUGAAAACCGAAAAAAAAUCAAAAUGAAUAAACUCUGUGCCAAGUGUUCCAAAACGGUGUAUCCGAUGGAAGAGUUGAAGUGUCUGGACAGGACUUGGCAUAAAGGAUGCUUCAAAUGCAACGACUGUGGGAUGACGUUGAAUAUGAAGACAUACAAGGGAUUUGAUAAAAUGCCCUACUGCGAAGCCCAUGUACCAAAAGCAAAAGCAACCACAGUCGCUGAUACACCGGAGUUUAAGAGAAUUUCUGAAAACACAAAGAUUCAAUCAAACGCCGUGUACCACGCCGAGUUUGAGAAGACCAAGGGCAAGUUCACCCAAGUUGCCGAUGACCCUGAGCUGAUGCGCAUCAAGGCGAAUACCAAAAUCAUCAGCAACGUCACUUAUCAUGGCGAGUUAGAGAAGAAGGCACUGAUGGAGCAGAAGAGAACCCUGGGGGGAGAAGGUGAGGGGGACACAAAGAAUAAGAACGGGGUCCCACCUCCACGAAGCCCCUCAUCAUACAUGGAUGAAUUGUCUUCCUUGCCAACCAGUAGUCAUUCUUCGGCCUCGUCUCACCACCAGAAUUAUAAUUCACCUUCUCACCAAUCCUACAAUCGAGGAAACAGCCAUGAUUCUAAUUCUCGCCAGUAUCAAGCCCAACAACAGUCACACCAGCCUCCUGCGACAAACAAUUCAUCACACCAACAACAUCACCGGGCAGAACGCGAUUCUUACCAACAUCAGCAACAAUCGGCUCAACAGCAUCAUCAACAGGGGCACUAUGUACCCCCUCAAGCCCAGCAGCAGCAGCAACAACAUCAACAAUAUAACCCAUCCCCUUACUCCUCGAGAGGUCAGGCCAACGUGAUUUAUACAUCAGAGGGUGGAGCAGUUAACGCAAAUGCAUCCCGUAACAAGGUAGGAUCCAUUGCGGAUUACGACCCGAUGAAUAACUAUUAUGGUUCUGUAGAGCAGCAGCGAGUAGCUCAGGCUCAAUCUCAGGCACGAAUGAGUUCCGGAUAUGGAGCAGGAGGUGGAAAUUCUUAUUCACACCACCAACAACCUAACCACAUGCAACAAAUGCCACAGCAGAAGCAUCACCACCAGCAGGCACCACCCCCACAAAGUUCUGGAAUCCGAUAUCAAGCUCUCUAUGAUUACGAGGCACAAGAUGUUGAUGAACUAAGCUUUCAUGAGGGAGACAUGAUCGUCGACUGCACUCCGAUUGACGAAGGUUGGCUGACUGGGACAAAUUUGCGUUCCAAGCAGAGAGGAAUGCUCCCAGCCAACUACGUACAACCUGCCUAAUUCGUUUGUUUAAGAAGGACAAUUCAAAUCUUGUUCUAGUUAUUUAACCCAAGCAGAUCAUCGUCUAACGUUUUAAAGAAGAAUCAAUUUAUUAUAAAUUUAAUUUGAAAGUGGCAAUUAUAUGCUAAAUUGUUAUCGAUCAAUCGAGGUCCUCGUCGUGGAACACAAAUUUUAAGAAGAAGGAUUUGACUGCUUUGCUUUCGUAGAAUACAUGGUACAAUGAAUCUUAUCAAUGUAACAAGUGUACCUCAUAACAAACCAAUAUUAUUAUCAUUUUAGGAAAAUUAACAUUAUGUGUCAUUUUUGAAAAAAACAUGUUAGUGCUCUGCAUAUCACAUAAUAAUGGCAAUAACAAAAAGUAAUUAGGCACACAUAACCCACAUUCAGCAGACUCCUAUACUUUUAUUAAAAUAACUAGGAUUUUUAACAAUAUAUGCAUACUAGUGCCUCGUACAUACGUAGUGAUUAUGAUGAUUAUAUCAUUACUUGUAGAUUGUACUUUGAACAUGAACAUGUAGGUUUUUAUUAACAAAUAACUGCUUAUUAUCUUGUUAACUAAUUAAUUACCACAACAAUCCUAAGUUUGCCAUAUCUUUCAUGACAUUAUUAUUUACUGUAGUGUACAGUAGAACGCAGACGACCGAAUAUUAUGUAGAUUAUUAUAUUACAAAUUAGUGAAUAUUAAUGUCUUCCGAUUUGGUACAAUAUUUCGUCUAUGCAGACUAUAAAUAUGUACAUAUAUGCUUAGAUUGAUUGGUGUUUCUUAUUCUUUGAAGAAAAAAUCAAGACUGUUUCAACUUUCCAUGCUUUCUCGGGAUGCUCCAUUUUCUAAUAACUAAUAACAGUAUUAUCCUUCCAUAUGAAACUGGAUAUUCCAUCCUGCUAAUAUGCUUCAUUCCAAAAAUUGCCAAUCUUUUGAUGCUUUGCAAAAAUUCCAAGCUUACUAAAAAAACAUUAAUAUAAAUAAAUGAAACUUUCUGUAUUUAUAAGGUGAGUUGAAGUGGGUGCAGCUAUUCAGAUGUAAUAUAUAAGUUGUGAAAAUGUUAUAACAUGUAUAAAUAUCACUAUUUUGGAAACUUGUUUCUCCAUAAUUUAUAUCCUGACUGAUUGAUUUUUAUGAUGUCCUUCCAAUAAUAUUGAUAAUCAGAUCGGUAAUAUGUCAAUCCAUGUAAAUUAAUUAUAAAACUAUGGAUAGCAUGUUCCUCCACCUAAAAGAAGAAAAAAUUGAAAAGCAUGACCAUUGUUAAAUUCUUGUGUGCAAAACGAGGCUAUACGAAACUUGUUUGUAUCACUAUUAAUUGAUUGUAACACUAUAUAAAAACUACUUCAGGUAUGUAUGCAAAGAGUUGGCAGCUUGCUGGAGUACCAGAAAAUCACGUAUAAAUUAAUUAAUUUAUCUGUAGUACCUUAUCAUCCUUUAGUUGAGAAGAUGGAGAGGUUAAAUGAAUAAGAAUUGCUCAGUCCGUGUCAGAUAUACAAAACAUUUACUAUUUACAAGAAGGUUUGCCAAAAUUCUAAUAAUUAAUGCAUUUUGAUUUUAUUUAAGAAAGACACGAGUUUUUUUAGAUAGGUAAUUUAGAAAUAAUGAGAAAACUAUUAAAGUAAUUAAUUGAUUGUGGCAAAGUGUAAUAUUACAAUAAUAAUUAAUAUGCGAGUCUGCUACUGUGUGAGCUCAAUUAUUUGUGCCUUCCUAUGUUCCAACAUUAUCGACUAAUAAAUAAAUAUUAAAUAAAUAAA